CAAGCAAGCAAGUCAGCAUCAAUGUGAUUCAGAGAAUUUAUUUUAGAUUUUUUAUGAUCAGUCAUAAUAAAAAAGUCGUCUAGUUGAGAUCAAAAAAAGAAAGAAAGGAAAAAGUUAAUAGAAAUCACGAUGGGAAGUAAAUGUAAAAUUGCGACCGUCAUAAUCGCUUGCUUUCUCAUAAUCUUGGCUAUUUCGGCGGUUCUUAUAUAUUUUAUAAUGAGCAAUUCCUUGAAUCGUCACGCUGAGAGAUGCGUCAUUAGGCACCUCUACGAUAAAGGCGAACUGAGAGAUGUGCGGUUCGAAGAAAGUCCAUUAUCCAUUCCAUUUGAAGGCUGUGACGAUGCCAUCAACAAUGCUCGUCAACGUGUUAGAGACGAAAUAAAAAUUCCAUGUGAUUUACACGACAAUAAAGAAUUUAUUCGAGAAUUAGAAGAUUCGGGUAUGCUUAGUGGAAUUUAUGAAAGAAUUCAUCACGUCGAGAUGGCUAAUGACAUAAAGCGAAAUAUUGGAAUUAAAAUUAAAAAUAAGUGUGAAGGCAUGCGAGAUCCGAAUGUGCAAAAGUAAAAUGAUGUUUAUUGAAAUAAAAGUUUUGUUGAUAUUUUUAUGAACUUUUUGUCAAAAUAAACUUUAAUGCUU